GAAUAAUUAAUAAAAAUCACAGCCGAAAAGACGUUUCAGCGAGCCGCGUCAUCAAAAAUUUCACAGUCGACAGCGUUGGUGGUGGUGAUUGGAAAAUUCGUGGCAGUUUUUGUGUUUCAACAAACGGAAAGCAUCAGAAAAACCAUGGAAAUCGUGACGGAUUUAAUGCAAAACCAACUGGUACUGCUAGUGGUACCUGUUGGCAUAGCCAUUUUGGGCGGAAUUUUGCUGUUUACGUACGCAAUUCGUCCAGUCCAACAGCCCAAAUUCAACUUGAGCGCUUUCGACGAUCGAAAAACAGCUGGGAAAAAGAAGAAAUUGAAAGAAAAAAAAUCUACAGCCAAUGGACAUAUUGCUACUGGUGUGGCAAAAGCUGAAAAGUCACCAGCCAAAGAAAAGAAAGCUCCAGAGCCAGCUAAAAAAGUUGAUAACAAUGCCAAUAAGCCAGUAAAGAAGGCAGACAAUAAUGUUAAAGACACUAAAAAAGCCGAACCAGCCUCAAAGAAAGCCGUUGAUAAUCAGGAAGCCAAAAAGAAGACAAACAAGAAGGCCUCUGUUCAGAAACCGGCUGAUUUUGAUGAAGGUGAUUGGGAAACUGUGCCAACCAAGGCAGACAAGAAGAAAAAAGUAGAACAAUCACCAGCUAAAAAAGAGAAGAAAUCUAAGAAACAAGAAAAAGUGUCUGAGGCUGUUGUUGCCAAAGAAGAAUCAUCUAACGAAGGGGAAGAGUUAGAAAAAGAGCCAGAACCUGAGGUGGUUACCGAGACACCAGAAGUAAUUGAAGAGGCAGCUCCAGUAAUUGAAGAGAAGAAAGACAAGAAGAAGGAGAAAAAAGCUAAAAAAGAAACCAAAGCUUCUAAUAAUGCUGCUCCUGUGGAGCAACCAGCUAAAGCCGAGAAGGUAGCUGCUCCGAAAGCUGAGAAAGCAGCUCCAAAAGCUGAGAAAGCUGCUCCAAAAGCUGAGAAACCGGCUGUAAAGGCUGAGAAAGCAGCUGCAAAAGCUGAGAAAGCAGCAGAAAAAGCUGAGAAGCCAGUAGAAAAGGCUGAGAGUGCUCCUGCUCAAGCUCAAGCUGCAGGAGCUGUUUUUGAUGAACUUGGGGACACAUGGACAGAGGCCAAAGCAGUGAAGAAGAGCAAGAAAAAGGCUCGCAGAGAAAACUAAUAGCGAGAUUAAUUUUCGUUUGUACCUCUCACAGAGUAAGUUAGACUGCUCCGCUGAGCAUCACCAAGCAAAGAGUACCCCGGUACUCGCCUGUUAAGACAAAUACCUCGAGAUCACAGUCUAAGAGACACCGAUCUCAUCGGAAUAAUAACAAAAAAACGACAAUUCACAUUUUGUAUCCAUCAGAGAUUUAAAAAAGUCUGAAGACUUAAGUGAUUAGGGAGUAAAAAAUCGUACUACACUGCCCGUCAAAAUUAACGUGUCUAUUUUUAAAAGAAUCUUUUGUAAAUUUUAUAUUAAGUAAUGUUAAUUUUGAAUCUUAAACAAAGCUAUUUGAAUUUUUAAAACUAUUUGUUACAAAAUACUGAAUUUUGUAAAAAAAAAUUGUUUAUUUUGACAAGCAGUGUAUUGAUCAGCGACAAUUCAAAAUAAUCUUAAAUACUCACUGAAUGUAUUUUAAAAUUUUUCUAGA